UCCUUACUUGAGUGGGACCGCCCGUCAUAUGAUCCAUUCAUUGGCGUUGUCCCGUGCAAACAUGGACGGAGCAACAUGACUUCUCCCCCGACAAGACUUCUCCCUCCCUCCGUAGCGAUGUUCAACGGACUUUUCCUCAGAAAAUGAAAUCCAUUGAGGCCAAAAUAGUUGUCCUCGGCGCUCAAGGAGUCGGCAAGACGAGUGUUGUGAUUCGCUACGUAGGAAAGCUGUUCAGUAAACAUGUCAGCCCCACCAUUGGGGCCUCCUUCUUCACAUUUAAGAUGACAGUGGAUGACUACAGGGUAAAGUUACAACUGUGGGACACUGCAGGCCAGGAGAGGUUCAGGUCCAUGGCACCUAUGUACUACAGGAAGGCCAAUGCAGCUCUGCUGGUAUAUGACAUCACCUGUAGAGAAAGCUUUGAAAACAUCCAGUCUUGGGUUGAUGAGUUGAAGAAAAAUGUGGAAGGUACGAUCAUCAUGUGCGUGAUCGGCAACAAGACAGACUUAGUUUCUCGUCGUGAAGUCACCCGGGAAAAGGCUGAGCAGUACGCCGACUCUAUAAAUGCCUUGUACUACGAGACAUCGGCGCUAACUAAUGAUGGAAUCCAGGAAGCAUUUCUACAGGUUUCCCUCUCGCUGAUCAAACUCAGCCAAACUGACAAGUCCAGCGGUCUGACAGUUUACGACGGAAGUGCAAGCCUUCUCAAUGCCGAUGGCAUCAUUGAGGAUGGGAUAGGGGACAUGAACAAUCACAGGCGUAGAAGGGACUCUGAGGACUCAAAUAAUGCCUCCUGUUGCAGCUGAAUAAGUUGAGACAUAUGCAGUGAUGCCAGUUGUUUUCUGCAGUGGAUCAGCACUGCCCCCUGCUGCAACAUUUUGGUACUGCAGCACAUGAUGGCAGCAAGUGCCACCUCUACCCAAGAAAGUUCAAGGGUGAUUUGAUCUUGAUUUACUCAAGAUCUGUGAGAAAUAUGAACGUGGUGAAAGAUAGUAUGUGCCUGGGAAUUGAACCCCAAACCCUUGGAUCUGUAAACUUGUUAACUCCCAUGAUAAAGGUGUUGUCUCUGUGAGGGUUCCCUGAAGGAUUACCUACUUCUCAAAUACAUUUGUACCUUGUUCUAAUACUCAAGUGUUGUUGGUUGAUUGUACUGUAAUUGUUUCAUAUUUUUGCUGUAAUCAGAUCAUUGUCUAUAAUUAUUUGUUUUGAUCAACAUUUACUAGACAUUUAUUAUAGAUAUUGAAGAGGAUUGCUGCUCAGAACAUGCAAAAAGUAGACAAAGAUUCUGUACACAAAUUUUUAUAGAAAACAUCUUGAUACUGUAGACCUCUUUCUUACAGUUUCAGACAUUACAAACUGUCAUACAUGAUAUUGAUAUAAUAGCAUUCAAUAUCAUUACAAAUUGUUUCCUCAUCUAUAAUGUUACCAGUUUUUUUUAAGCCAUACAAUGGUAAACUUUUGGAUAGCUUCCUCAGGGUUAGUGCCAUACUCUUUCAUGCAUUCUUUGCCAAUUUUUCUUACACUUCUCAACAAGUGCCUCAAUCCUCAUUGGCAUGGCCACAUAUGAUGUUGUAUUUCAUGUAAUAAUGAUGUAUUGUUUGUUAUUCUAAGGGCUCUAUAGCUGUCGAUUUUCCAUCUAUUACCAUAAAAAAAGUCAGUGAUUAUGAUUUGUGAUAAUGAAACGCUACUUAGUUUCAAAUCUGAGUUUUGAUGAUAUGCAUACAGACAUGUGACUUAUUAUUGAUUGAAUCUAAACAUUUUCCAAACAAUUCAUUCAUUUAUUCAUUCAUUUAUUCAUUCAUCCAUUCAUUAAUUCAUCCUAUCAAUCAAUCAUUUAUUCAUUUUACCAUCCAUCCAUCCAUACCUGUCUUUGUAAACUAAAAAUCUACAUAUGCAACGAAGAAUUAAUUUCAAAAACAUAAAUGUAGAGCAGAGUUAAUUUCUGUGUUCUUUGUUGUGAUUUUGCCUUUUCAAAUUUUCAGUUUAACAGUUGAGGGCAAACAUACAGAACAAUGUAAGAGCCCAUGUUUGUGUACUUGACUUUGGGAGUGUUGUAACCUAUUUAGGGCUGGCCCCUAUAAAAUCCUCCCAUGCUCUUCUCUGAAAAGGUGCAUAAUUGUAAAAUGUUCAACUGUCUUCUCAUAUCUUGUAUUGCAGUAACAGUUAUACAUGGUAAACAAUUUAUAUUACUGUAGGUGUAGUGCAAUAUGAACUACCCUGGAUAUCAGAGUACAACUUAGCCGGCUAAGGGAAUUAUGCCUUCUACGCAGUACUGCGCGGUGGCGUAUCUCCCCGGGCCGGCUAAUUCGAUUUAUGUGGCUAUGUUGCUAGGGGCCCGGGAAAGAACCGUAGCCGCGAGCGCUGUUCUCUGGCGACCAGGGUAAAUAUCAACCAGAUAAUAUCAGUGUAUGAAAAGUAAAUACAUGCUAUUAAAACUUGAUGCUUUGAUUGACA